UCCCCGGCUGCUGCUCCGGCUGCUGCAGGAGGCGGCGCUGGCUGGCUGGCUGGCGGCGGCGCUCGCUCCAGUCGGCGAGCGGAGCCGCGAGCGAGCGUGUGUGUGUGUUUUAAAGAUGGCCGGAGCGGUGGCGGCGGUGGCCGCGGGAGCAGCAGCAGCGGGAGCCGCCGCGGCAGCCGUGUCGGUGGCGGCUCCGGGCCGGGCCUCGGCGCCCCCGCCGCCCCCGCCGGUGUACUGUGUGUGCCGGCAGCCGUACGACGUGAACCGCUUCAUGAUCGAGUGCGAUAUCUGCAAGGACUGGUUCCACGGCAGCUGUGUUGGAGUAGAAGAACAUCAUGCUGUUGACAUUGACUUGUAUCACUGUCCCAACUGUGCAGUUCUACAUGGAUCCUCCUUGAUGAAAAAGAGAAGAAACUGGCACAGGCACGACUACACCGAAAUUGAUGAUGGUUCCAAACCAGUGCAAGCUGGAACUAGGACUUUUGUGAAGGAAUUACGUUCUCGAGUCUUCCCAAGUGCUGACGAGAUCAUUGUGAAAAUGCAUGGCAGCCAGCUGACACAGAGAUAUCUGGAGAAACAUGGAUUUGAGGUCCCUAUCAUGGUCCCUAAGUUAGAUGACCUAGGACUCAGGCUUCCUGCAGUUACAUUUUCUGUUAUGGAUGUGGAACGUCAUGUAGGUGGUGACAAAGUGAUAGAUGUCAUUGAUGUGGCAAGACAGGCAGACAGCAAAAUGACACUUCACAAUUAUGUUAAAUACUUCAUGAAUCCUAACAGACCAAAAGUGUUAAAUGUGAUCAGCCUUGAAUUUUCAGAUACAAAGAUGUCUGAAUUGGUGGAGGUCCCUGACAUAGCCAGAAAACUUUCCUGGGUGGAAAAUUAUUGGCCAGAUGAUUCAGUCUUUCCCAAGCCAUUUGUUCAGAAAUACUGCUUAAUGGGAGUUCAAGACAGCUACACAGAUUUCCACAUUGAUUUUGGUGGAACUUCAGUUUGGUACCAUGUCCUCUGGGGUGAGAAGAUUUUUUAUUUGAUAAAGCCAACAGAUGAAAAUUUAGCACUCUAUGAGUCUUGGAGUUCAUCUGUGACCCAGAGUGAGGUGUUCUUUGGAGAUAAGGUGGAUAAGUGCUACAAAUGUGUGGUAAAGCAGGGACAUACUUUAUUUGUUCCUACAGGGUGGAUUCAUGCUGUGCUCACUUCUCAGGACUGUAUGGCUUUUGGGGGGAACUUUCUGCACAACCUUAAUAUUGGCAUGCAGCUCAGGUGUUAUGAGAUGGAAAAAAGGCUAAAAACACCAGAUCUUUUCAAAUUCCCUUUCUUUGAAGCCAUAUGUUGGUUUGUAGCCAAAAACUUGCUGGAAACCCUGAAAGAACUGAGAGAAGAUGGUUUCCAGCCUCAGACUUACCUAGUACAGGGCGUGAAAGCACUACAUACUGCUUUAAAAUUGUGGAUGAAAAAAGAACUUGUAUCCGAACAUGCCUUUGAAAUCCCAGACAAUGUUAGACCUGGACAUCUUAUUAAAGAACUUUCUAAAGUAAUUCGAGCAAUAGAGGAGGAAAACAGCAAGCCAGUUAAAUCUCAGGGAAUUCCUACUGUGUGUCCAGCCUCACGAUCCUCAAAUGAAGCAAUUUCCCCAUACCAUUCCCGACGAAGGAUGAGGAAACUUCGAGAUCAUAAUGUCCGAACUCCUUCUAACCUAGACAUCCUAGAGCUUCACACAAGGGAGGUACUCAGAAGAUUAGAGAUGUGUCCUUGGGAAGAGGACAUCUUGAGCUCUAAACUGAAUGGUAAAUUCAAUAAACAUCUCCAGCCAUCUUCUACCGUACCCGAAUGGAGAGCAAAAGAUAAUGAUCUACGAUUACUGCUGACAAAUGGAAGGAUAAUUAAAGACGAAAGACACCCCUUCGCAGAUCAGAGUCUUUAUACAGUAGACAGUGAAAGUGAAGAGGAUAAGGGAAGGACAAAAAAGGCAAAAAUGAAGAUAGAAGAGAAUUCAGGAAUAGAGGCAGUGGAGAAUGAAGAAUCUCAGAAACCCCUUAACAGGUUUUUUACAAGUGUGAAGUCAGAACUCAGGAAUCGAUCAUCAGAAUAUUCUGAUAUUUCUGAUUCGGAAGACUCUGGACCUGAUUGCACUGUGCUGAAAAAUAAUUUUACCACUGAAGAGUCUGAAAGUUCAGGUGAUGAAAAGAAACAAAAAAUAACAUCAAACUUUAAGGAGGAAGCUAAUGUGAUGAGGAACUUUCUUCAAAAGAGCCAGAAAACAUCUAAAAGUGAAAUUGCAGUUAAAAGGGAAUGUCCUACCUCAACGAGCACAGAGGAAGAAGCGAUUCAGGGCAUGCUCUCUAUGGCAGGGUUGCACUAUUCCACAUGUUUACAAAGGCAGGUACAAAGCACAGGCUGCAGCAGUGAAAGAAACUCUCUCCAGGAUCCCAGCAGCUGUCACAGCAGUAACCACGAGGAUAGGCAGCUGUACCGCUAUGAUAAACCAGUGGAAUGUGGAUACCAUGUCAAAACUGAAGAUCAGGAUUUGAGGCGUUCCUCCUGGAAUAAACAAUUUGAUACAACUUCCAGAUUUAAUCUUCAGGAUCCAAGUAGAGGCCAUAAAUACAUAAAAAAGGAAGGUUCAUCAGAAAUCAGUCAAAAGCUACAAAGUAGGAAUUCUGUGGACAGCAGUGGCUCAAGCCCUCAGAAUGGAAAGUACAUGCAGAAUUCAAGCUUGGUUUCAGGGGCAUGCCAGAUAAGUCAUGGCAGUGUAAGCCCAGAAAGGCCAGUUGGUGAAACUUCCUUUUCAGUGCCCCUUCAUCCCACCAAGAGACCUGCAUCAAACCCACCUCCUAUCAGCAACCAGGCAACAAAAGGUAAACGUCCAAAAAAAGGAAUGGCAACAGCCAAACAACGCCUUGGGAAGAUCCUUAAGUUGAACAGAAAUGGCCAUGCACGUUUCUUUGUUUGAUGGAGCUUCUGUUGGAAUCACUCUUCCCUUUGGAGACCAGUCUCGGGGGUGUGGGAGCCUGGAGCUUCCGCCACGCAUGUCCAGUGAAGAACACUGCCUGGAGAACAAAAUGAACCUGAUGCUGCAUUCUCACUGUGCCACACCCACUCAGCAAUAACCAUUUUGGACCUGGUGGGGAGAGGAAGAAGGAGGGUAGAACCUUAAACGGAGACCUUGAACUGAAAAGGGUCUCUUGUCAGGGCUUGAAUUUCAUUUUGUUGUUGGUAGUGUCUUGAUUUAUUUUCAGUGGUAAAGAAUUAUCAAUAAUUUAUUUAACAGAUUUUUUAAAAAGUUAACAGCUUUUAAAUUCUUUUUUUUUUAAAGCUAUUUAUUUGGAAGAUUUCUGGAGAAAUAUCUCACUAAUUUAGAUUUAAGAAUGUGAAGGUUUUUAAAUUAUUUUUGAUAGUGUGUGUGUUACAUGUGGGGAGGAGCCACAGUAACAGUAACUAGUCUGGACUCUUAAAUUUGAUAUUCAGGUUAAAGUCUUAAACAGGGAUUUGAUGCAUUAAUUAUUUUAAAUUAAGAUGUAUAUGGAAAUCAUUUUAUUUUAUAUAUUUCAUGUUUUUUAUAAGCUAUUAGCUUCGCUUUUGCUAACAUCCAAGGUGCAUACUGUUAUCCAGGUUGAUGACCUUAUAUCCCACCUUCCCCCUCUGCACUCCCGACUUUUGUGAUGACACAACAAGACUCUUUGCAGGGAAACACUUUCAUAGCUGAUGUGUUAGACCUACAUAUAAAAGACCCCACAUUUCUCAUUUUGUUUGACAUGGCAUUUCCCCCCUAAAUAUAACAAAGGCUUUUUGCAUUUUCAUUUUUGCUGAUGACCUGGGUUCCAAAGAGAACAGCUUUAAUAUCUUUUUCCUAUUUGUGGAAAAAGUAUUAUAAGUUUGGUUAAAUUGUCAUAUUUCUAGUUUUUCAAAUGCAUUUAUAACUACAGAGGGCCUUCAUACUGCUGAUGUUGGAGGGCAGGACCAAACACCUGCCAUAAAGGUUAUAUUUUAUGAUGCUUUUAUUCUGUGUACCUAAUUUGUUGGGAAAUAAGAUUUGACUUAGUUGUUCAACUCUGCAAAUAAGCCGUAAUAUAAUAGGAUUAUACUAUAUUAAUUGUGUAGAAGCAAGCAUGUAGGAGUAGACCUUUUGCAGGUGUGUGUGUGUGUGUGUGUGUGUGUGUGUUUAGUUUUUUUAUUUCUUAACCUUCUAAAGAAUUAUUUAAGACAUGGGUUUGAAGGAAAAUGGGUGCUUCUUGUAGUUUCUUCCAUCUAUCCUAACUUAGCCAGUGCAUAUUGAGGCUAAGUAUCUGAAUUGAGCUUUAAAGUAAUCAUGUAUCUCUUUUAUGCACAAUUUUUACUAAAUGCCAGCUAAUGAUAGUUAAUAUUUCCCCCUAUUGCUUAAAAAUAAGUAAUUUCAGGGCUGGAGUGGGGUGGAGUGGAGAUAUUUCCAGUGCUGACAGGAGAGCAUUAUACAAGUUCCUACAAAGAAAAUAUAGGCAAAUAAGAUCAAAUUUAUUUUUAUGAAGAAGAAAUAUGGCCAUAUUAUGGAUAUCCUUUUAUUUACUGAGCCAAGGUAGCAGAACUUUUCCUUCUAUACUAAGUAUCAUGUGCAGUGCUAAGAAAAAGAAAUCCAUACCAUCCUCCAUCGUGAUUGCAUUCAAAUGUGUAUUUUCAAAGAGAUAUUUCUUACUCUGUCUUCAUUCCAAUAUAUCAUGGAAUAAAUAUGAAGUAGCUUAUGAAUUAGCCUUUUUGGCCCAAGUGACUGAAUCAAUGUAUGGAUCUUACCAGGUUUCAGGAAGGAUUUUGUGGAAAUACUAAAUGCCUAUAAGUGGCCUACUUAAACUCUACAUGAUGCCAAAACUAGUUAAGAGAUGGGAAUGGUUAGUCAUUUGAUUUAAAAAUUUAAAAAUUUAGGUUUGACUGAUUGUGCCACCUUCCCACACAGUAUAUUACUGUGAUGUUUUGGUUUUCUGUAGAUGUCAUUUUAGUGUUUAUAGAAUAUGUUUUGUUUAAGAAAUAAGAGCUAUCUAUAUUUUUUCAGUUAUGUCAUGAUUUGGGUUCUUUUUUUUUAUGUUCUUUUCACAGCUCCAAGUGUUUUUAAUUACCUGAUUAUUUUUCUUUAACUAUAAAAAUUAAGAUAAAACAAUUUCUUUUUAUGAGUUAAAAUUGUGGCCAGUAUCCACUCUCGGUACUUAGGCUGGUAAAUAGACGGUAUGUGGAACUUUCAAGUGAAGGUACUGUGGAUUCGUUUUUGGCAAUUUUAGCCCAUUAACUGGCCAAGUUAAAAAACAAAACAAAAACUUUCAGCAGGGUAAUAAGUAUAACCACUACACCAGAAUGCAUGUAUCUUCUUCUGAAUGGUGCAGAUUCAGCCUCUGGUCCAGGAACUUUCCUAGUCUUACAGAGUUACUGGCUCUGAUGCAUCCCCUGAUGCUCGGAAAUGACUGAACCAUGAGGUCAUUGCAGCCAGUAUCUGGACUCAACUGUAACAGACAACCUUGUGUUUUUCCCUCGAUCUCAUUAUAAACAAUACUACUGCACAGAUUCUACAACUUAGGAAGACAGCAGUGGUGGCAUUUAGCUAGUUAUAAGCAAAUAGAAAUAUGUAAAGAAGAAUUAUGAUUAAAUGUAUGCAUUUUUAAUUAUAGUAGUAGAUAAUUUUCCUGUAUUGAUUCAAGUAAGUAACUUCUAUUAACCUAGUAUCCACUGUACUGUAAUUCAUAAUGUCACAUAAUAUAAUGCUCUCCAGUAUUGAUUAAUGAUGUAAACAGUACAAAGCUGGCAUUUAUAAUAGUUUUGUAUCCUAGAAAUACAUUGAACUUCAUAAUCAUCAGUUAAUUUUUAAAGCAUACAAAAUUGAAAAUUCUGACUGAAAUCAUCUUAUAAACUCAGAGAGAAAACAAGGCCAUCUUUAUUACUACUUAAAUACUUAUUAAUAGCUUGAAUACUGUUCUGUUUUUUAACAAUCCCACUUAUUGCCUUUUAAAUGAACUCUACUGUAGUUAUUCAUAUGAGAUCAGCAAGUAUUUAUCAAACACCUACUAUGUGUCCAGCAUUACAUAGUUCUGUGGGGAAGUACAAAGUUGAAGUGUGGUCUUUGCUUUUGAAGGUAUCUUCGUUAGGAAAUAAGCAGUAUUAUUUUUACUUGUAAGCAAGCAUAAGCAAAAAAGAGCCCAUUUAUUUAAAAAAGCAUUAACUUCAUUUGUCUCAGUUGAGAUAUACUAUGCUAUAUAGAAGUGGAAGUAAAUUUUUUUAAUUUUUAAAAUUUAAAAAACGUUUCAGAAAUUAACAAUUUAAUGUUGGCAGUAGAGGGUCAUGGUUUUGUAUGAAAGAGAGCAGAUGACUUGGAUUUUUGUCCAGGUUCUGCCAUUUUUAUAUCAGCUGUGUGACCUUGAGUAAGUCACUUGUUCUUUCUACAUCUUAGUUUUCUCAUUUGUUAGUUUGGAUAAAAAUGCAGUUAACAAAUACAUGGGAAAGUGUUUCUUAAUCUAUUAACACUUCAUACUUGCAGUUAAUUUUUCAUUAUUUAAGUUGCCACUGAUAAUGCACAUUUUUAUGCAUUUAAAAUUUAAACUGUUAUUACUCAUAAAAUUUGUUUUAUGUCAAAUCUGUACCCUGAGCAUGCUACCUAAAAAACCUGAAGACUCUCUAACAAGGUGCUGAAUUAAAAUUAAAAUUAGUGCUUGA